AUGAGCCAUUUUUUCGACGUCAGCGACAGUGAUGAGAGCCUCGACGAGGUCAUCCAUCACGAUGAGCAGGUGGAAAGGCAGGUUGUUCAUAUUGACCCCAAGUGGUUUGAGGUCACUGACGACGAGGAUGCGGAUGAGAGGCAGGUGGUUCUGUCCCGCAAUGAAAAGUCAUUGAAUGAAAUUCAGAAUAUAUGUGACCUUUUUGAUUUCAACAUUGACCAUGAGUCUUGGAGUGAGGCAGAAAAGGCAUUCGUUCAGCUACGACAAAAGGCGUUGGCGCAUAAGGAAAAAUUUAAGGCGAUCCCUUGGCCGUUUCUGGAAUGUCUUCGGAACACACCUGACCUAUCCGAAAAAAUGAAUGAGAAAGAAACUUUUAAAAGGCCAGAGGACUUUCAUAGUCUGAAAAGGCUAAUAAAGGCUCUCCAAGAGUUGACCGAAACGUACAAGCACGAUAUCGAAAGGUUACAUGACGAGGAAAGUGAAGAAGACACUGGAGAUGAAGGACAGACUGAAGGAGAAAAGGAGUUUACCGAGGAAGACAUCGCACAGGAAUUGAAGCAAUCAUUGGUGCAAAAAGGGAAACGGGCUGCGAGAUGUCAGAAGCUUGCUCAAGAGAGCAAGAAAAAGGGUUUUACAGCACUUCGAAUUACAGCCCUGGGAAUUGUUGCCGAAGCACUCCUUGAAGAAGAUACGCGGUUGCCCUACGUUGCCACCACCACCUGGACGAAGUCUUUUGCUGCUGUGAGCCGAUGUUAUUCAAUCGUAACGGAGAAUCCAGCAAUAGCAGUUAAAGAAGACUUUUCCGGAGAUCUCACAAGCAAGCGGGCUAUAAUUGUGGAUGGUUUGUGUGGUUUAUUGCAAAAGCUGCAAAUUCAUUUACAGCGCAUUGCGCAGUUUAAAACAGGUGCCACUGAUGAGUACUUUGAGAUCAUUCAGUUGGAGAAUCAACUAGUGGACCUGACAGACACUGUUCUUGGUUACUACCAGCAGCGCAAACGCGGAAAGGCGAUUUGUUGUCAAAUUCUUAUUGAUAUCCUUGGCUUGAGACGGCAACAGGCUCACGACAUUCUCUAUAAUAAAAUGGCUCGACAGACUCGCAACAUUGUCACUAGCUCAGUCAUUGAAACAGUCCGUGAACUUUAUCAACAACUCCUCAUUAUUGGAGAUGAAGAGGCAAAGUGUCGUGCCCUUCUUAACCUCGCAUACCAGAUGGGAUUGGAGGGAGAUUAUCAAGAGGGAAGAGACCUUGUGCUUCGCUCCAGUUUGAAAGAAACCGUAGACAAGUCCGUCCAUCUUGCUAUUCUGUACAACAGGGUUAUUGCGCAACUUGGCUUGGCUUCUUUUGCAGCAGGUGAUGUCAUCCAAGCCUACAACCUCCUCAGCCCUUUGUGGUCUAAUCGAAACCAUGACGUUCUGAUUAGCCAAAGGAUGCCAGAUUACGUGAGGGACAGCGAGGAAAAGGAGUUGAUGUACCGUGAUUUGCUGGUGCCUCCUCAUGCUUACAUUCAGCAUGCUCAGUUGGAGCUUGCAACAAUGCUUUCCACCCUUGUGGUGGAUACUCCAAAGGAGGCUAAAAAACCUUAUGAAAGCAGCCGUCAUCAAAGCUAUUUCUACCGGAUAAUCAAUCAAAUGUCCUAUCAACCGUUAUUGGGCAAACCGGUGGAAUUCAGAGAGCAAGUAACGGCCGCCUACAUGGAGCUAAAACUUGGGGAUUAUACUAAAGCCAGUGAAAUCAUCAAAAAUAUGUCGGCAUGGUCCAAGAUGCCAAAUGGUGACGAAGGGCUUAAAAUUUAUUUACAGCAUUUAAAAGAAGCAGCCCUUCGUAUUUUUUGUUAUAAUCAUCGGUGCAAUUUUGCCGCGAUAUCUGUCGAUCUGAUGAUGAAGAAGUACGAGUUAACCGAGAAUGAAGUAAAGUGUGUUAUCAACGAUAUUAUCUCGGAAAGCAACAGCUCACUCGUAGCUUUUUGGGAUAGGGAAGACAAGUACCUUCACGUUGACCGAAGCAACACUUCUCGGCUUCAGUAUUUGGUGGAGGGAAUCGCAGAAAGCGUGGUUGAAGUCGCACAGUACUCGGAGAGGCGCGUGCGCGACAGUGAAUUCAGAGGACGUGGACGUGGGCGUGGACGCGGGUACGGACGUGGUAGAGGAAGUUACUAA